UGGGAAUUUACAGGUGGUUCACAGGUAAACUGAAACUAAAAGUCCCCAUUUCUGAAUGCUGUAAACCAGAGCUUAGAAGUUCUGUCUUAUUAAUCAGUCUGUUUUAGAAACCAGGAUGUCCCACACAGUCAUUCCCGUGAACUCUUCAACACUCAUCAUCCAGUUUCAACCAGUAACACAAACAGCUCCUAUUACGACACGAACAAAUGCUCCCGGGCCUGUUCGUGUACAACAGGAGACAGGAGCUUCACCUCUUCAUGGACUUCAGGCAUUUCUGAAAGGACAACCGAAAGCCCUUGGGACGGUCCAGAUAAUGAUUGGUGUGAUGACUCUACUGUUUGGCAUUGUGUUGAAUGUUUAUGGUGAACCCAUCUUUGUCUAUAGUGGUCUUCCUUUCUGGGGAUCUCUCAUCUACAUUAUCUCAGGCUCACUGUGCAUUGCUGCAGAAAAUAAAUUUCAUUCACCCUCCAGUUUGUGUUUGAUAAAGGCUUCACUUGGACUGAACAUGUUCUGUAUUAUAACCGCAGUCAUUGCCAUUCUUUUAAUUUCACUGGAUUUGGCUUUAGGGGCAAUCAACACUUACUGCAGCAGUUAUUACUGUCAUGAUUUAGGCAGAAAGUAUGAGAAUCUCUUCAGGGGAAUCAGAGGAGUAUUGCUGUUAUUUGCCUUGCUAGAGUUUAUCAUCUCCAUCUAUCUGGGAGCACUUGCCCGUAAAAGUAUCACCUGCAGUUCUCGUCCUCAGGUGCAGUUUGUUUCUCUACCACCAGAGCCCUCUGAUUUCAGGCCCUUUCAUUUCCAUGAUAUUCAAAGUUCAGAGAUGCCUGUGGCCAGCAGCUCUUCCAUUUAUGGCCAACCUGCAGAUGCUCCUCCACAAUACAGUGAAAUAUGAAUUUAACACAUUUAACAUUUUCAUACACAAGAUUGUUUUCGUGUAUAAGCAAUAUUUUAUGUACAGCUACACAUUAUGAAUAAUGUUGAAUAUUUACAUUAUGCACAAUAUACAAUUGUGCAUAUAUAUAUACAAUAAAAUAUAUUAUACCCUUUUUCAAUGUGUGAAAGCAUAAAUUCCUUAUUGUCACACUCCAGGACUUUUGGUUGUGUUUUCUUUCUCAUGUGCCCAUGAUCUAGUUUUACCUUAUUUCUGAUUAUGUCAUUCAGUUCACCUGUGUCUUGUUAAUUUUCAUCGUUUGCCUGUGUAUUUAGUUCUAGUCUGUCCUGUGUUCCCUCUUCCAGUGUUGAGUUGAGCUGAGCUGUGUGUAUGUCUCCUGCCUGCCUGAUGCGGAUAACUUCUAUGUGAAUUAAUUAAAGAUUGUUUACGUUAUUCUUUUCUUUUCGUGCACUUAUUGUAUACUGCACCCGUCACUUAUGUAUUAUUUAAUAUUUUGUAAUAUUUUAAUGUAAUUUAUUAUUCAGUAUAUUUUCAAAAUAGUUAAACAAUUUAAUAUAUUGAGUGGUCCGGCAGUUGUGUGUGAUGCUUUCAUGUGACACAUUUGUUUCUCCACUGUUCAUUAUUUCUAAUAUUUUUUUUCUAUCAAAAAAAAAAAAGAGAAUAUGACAGCAAAGAAAGUAAUCACUUGAUCAGAAAAUUAUUGCAGUUUUGUAGUCACUUGUGUGUAAACUAAAUUGCGUACAAACUAUUCAAAUCUAGAUAAUUUUUCAUGAUUUUUCAUUAUUUCUUUCAAGUUAAGAAAAUAAUUUGCUGUAAAUUUACCUUAAAUUCUGUAUUUGCUGGUGACUGAAUGAAUAUUUUGCCUUUCCAUGUUUCCCUGUUUCUUUGCCUUUGCGUUUUUUGAUUGUUUAAUGCCUGCCCUGACCAUUGCCUGUCCAUCUGGAUUACUCUUUUGCCUUGCCUCUGGUGUUAAUUUCGUUAACGAAGAUUAUGAUGAAAAAUGUUCAUGAUGAGCUUUUUUCCCAUGACAAAGAUGAGAUGAUGAUAAGGUCAAUAAAUGAUAACUAAAACUAUGCAACAUGCAAUUUCAUUGACGGAAUAAGACGAGCCUAAAAUGUAUUCAAAAAAAUUCUAAUUUUACAUUUUCAUUUUAUAAGAAAACAAAAUGUUAUUGCAGAUUGCAGUAAUCUAACAGUAAUCAAAACAAAUUGAGAACCACUGAUCUGGAUUACGUGAUCAGAUUUACUAAAAGUACAAGUAAUUAGAGAAUAUUUGGGCAUUUCAUAAUUAUUAAAUAACUAAUGAUGCUGACCCUCAGAGGACCUCAGAUGAU